AUGUCUGUCAUGUCAGUGAUCUUAAGAUCAACAUCCUCGAAUGCAGCUCAUAAGCCACUCAUUGAUGAAGGCAAAAGACGCUGGUUUGAUCUUCAUCAAGUCCGAGCCAAUGAACAGAAUGGUCAAGCACGCUGGCAAAAUCUUUUCAAUGGUGAGGACGACCGAAUCUCACUUUUGUACUUGGUGGGACACAUGAUACGACCCCUAUCCACGGAGCUGGUGUCGGAAAACAUUCACAAAUAA